AUGCAUAUUGCUGAAAUGAGCACAAAAGGGCAGCACGGGGAAAGUACGCAGCAGAAGAGUAGAUGGUGGCUUCAGAUUCCUCUCAGCUCACCAAGCGAUUGCAGACGAGGAGGCGUCCCACCUCACAAUGGAUCCCCCAGGGCAAGCAGAUCCAAUCCAGAUCAAAUAGGCCUUCUCCGGGAUGGGGUGCGCAGAUACCUACAGCUCCCAGCUGAUCAGACGGUGCUUAUACUGCAUGCAAAAGUUGCACAGAAAUCCUAUGGCAGUGAAAAAAGGUUUUUCUGCCCCCCACCUUGUGUUUAUCUGACUGGCCCAGGAUGGAAACUGAAGCGGGAACAGAUAAAAGCGAGGGAUUUGGGAGAGGCUGAUUUCAGGGUGUGCGGGUACAUGGGGCUGGACAGUGUGGGCAGCAGCCAUAUGGAGACCCAGAAACUCAGCUUUGAGGAGCAGCCCGACUCCAAGGAGUUCGGCUGUGCCAAAGCACUCUACAUCUCAGACACAGAGAAGAGGAAACAUUUCCGGCUGGUUUUGAAGCUCUUCUUCAGCAAUGGGCAGGAGAUCGGCACUUUCCACAGCAAGCUGAUUAAAGUGAUUUCCAAGCCCUCACAGAAGAAGCAGUCCCUGAAGAACACAGACUUGUGCAUCUCAUCUGGGUCCAAGGUUUCUCUCUUUAACCGCCUCCGCUCCCAGACGGUCAGCACCCGUUAUCUGUCCGUGGAGGGCGGCGCCUUCAUCGCUAGCGCCAGGCAAUGGGCAGCAUUCACUCUGCACCUGGCUGAUGAGCACUGCACCCGGGGUGAGUUUCCACUGCGGGAAGGGUACAUUCGCUACGGCUCUGUCGUCCAGCUCAUCUGCACAGCCACCGGCGUGACCCUGCCUCCCCUGAUCAUUCGGAAAGUUACCAAACAGUAUGCCAUGCUGGAUGUGGAUGAACCCAUCUCCCAGCUCCACAAGUGCGCUUUCCAGUUCCAGGGCAGCGAAAGGAUGUACCUGUGUCUCUCGACUGAGAAAGUGAUCCAGUUCCAGGUAAUUCAGUCAUCCAGUUCCAGGGGAGGCAGCGUGAAGUGGGAAACUGCCCAGAUGCUAGUGAAGCAAACUCCCUUCAGUUCCAGCUCCUCCUUCUUGCGGCUGGGGACGGAGACUGUGGAGUACACGUUCAGUGACAGCCUGGCCUGCAUUCAGCAUCCCGUGAGCCCAGUCCCACUUAUAACCGUGCUGGAGCUAACUGGCGGUGGGGACGUGGCCAUGCUGGAGGUGCAGGGCGAGUUUUUCAAUGCAAACCUGAGGGUCUGGUUUGGAGACGUGGAAGCUGAGACUAUGUACAGGAGCCCCAAGUCCUUAGUGUGUGUUGUCCCUGACGUCUCGGCGUUCGGCAGUGACUGGCGAUGGCUGAGAUACCCCAUCACCGUGCCGCUCUCGCUGAUAAGGAACGAUGGGCUGAUCUACUCCAGCUCGUUCACAUUUACCUACACCCCAGAGCAGAGCUUCCUCCCUGCCCUGCAGUUGCUUCCAGAGCUGACCCAGGACUCCGAUUCCUUACUCAACAGCAUCCACCAGGAAUUCACCAGGACCAAUUUUCACCUCUUCGUGCAGAGCUAGCAAGCCUGGGAUGGUGGAGGACAUUCACAGAAACCGGGCUUAGGACAAGGUCUCUCAGCAUCCUGAGGAGCUGACGUGAAUACUGAGAGAUGGAUACAGUCAUCCCUGUGGUCUGCAGGACCGGGACUUAGCCCCCUCCCUGAUGCUCUAGCUGUGCCCAGUCUAUUUUUUUAAUUGAUUUAGAAGGAAGCAUCACCCUUCUGUGAAAUUUACUAACAAAGUGAACAAUAAAUCCAUGCCUC